AGUGGCCUCCCUUGGAGUUUUUGUUUACGAUUUCUUCAGUGUGCAGAUUGGCAAAGAAUGACGAAUAAUAGCUAAACUGUUUGCUUUUGAAAGACAGCUGAAGUAUGGAGAACGUUAGUUGUCUACAAGUGUCUUCUGAUGUCCUGAGUGAGUUCCUGGAAGUGGCGGUGCACUGCAUCCUGUACAACCGAGGCCUCUACCCAGCAGGGGUGUUUGUGAAGAGGAAGAAGUACAAUGUCCCAGUUCAAAUGUGUCUGCACCCUGAAGUGAAGGAGUAUGUGAUCCACGUUGUCGACGGGGUCCGCUGGCUGCUGGAGCAGGGGGAGGUCGAGACGGUGGCCAUUGUUGUUCUAAGGGCAGAUAACUCUCCACUGGAAAGAUUUGUGUUUGAGAUAGCUGACACACACAGUACCAGGUCAAAGACUGAUGAAUAUCUGUUCCAGUUGGAACAGUCUCUGAGGGCGUUCCUGCUGAAGCUGAACAUCUGUGACUCGGUGCUGCAGCCGCUGCCUGAAGACUGCACCUGGACAGUGCACAUCCACACACGAGAGUCUGCUGCACAGAAGUUGGAUGAGAAACAAGUCAUCAAAGUCCCCGGGAGAUUUGAGGAGAUUCUACACUCUAGACCAAACUUCCCCUGGGUUGAAGCAGACGAGAAACAGCAGAAAAUGGAAGACUCAAAGCUUGUUCCUCUCAAGUCCAUGAAGUCCGACUUCUUUAAGAUGCAAUUGUUUGUUGAAGAAAGUGCUAAGAAGACAUCUUGAUGCCCAGGCUGUUGUCUGUCUGUAUGUGUGUUGGUGUUAAGUUUAGAGCGGGAUCCUUUUUAUCACUGUUGUGUACAAGUUUGCAUGGGGCUUUCUUCUCUCAGGCCUGAACACAUGUUGUGGAUAUCAGUACAGAAACAAUAUAGGGAACAGACAAGGGAAGGUUUUGAAAUCUGCUGAUAUUGCAGUUUCCUGCAUGAUCAAAUUUUAAGGAGUGAAUUUUUAAACUUAUCCUAUCUCACAUUAUGCAUUUCUCCUUCUUUCGAUGUUGGUGUGGAAACACCCUAGAACAAAGUUUCCAGCUUCAAAAAACAUUACACUCGAACACAUCCCAACAUCACUACACUACCAAAACAAAUGAGUCGCGCAUUGUUAUCUCCUGCCAAUCUUCAACGUGUGUCACAUUGAUAUAACUGAAAACUCGUUUGUAUGUUUUAAAACCCAAAGCCACAGAGGCUCUUGAGAAGAUGCUGGUAUAAAUGGAUGUGUAUGUUUAAUGUUGUGGUCCAAAAUCUACACAUUAAUCAGCAAACAUCACCCCCUGAAAACUUCAAUACAACCUACAAAUGUGAAACAGGGCGGUUGGGUAGCCUAGUUGUUAAAGCAUUCGCUGGUCACGCCGACGACACGGGUUCGAUUCCCAACAUGGGUACAAUGUGUGAAGCCCAUUUCUGGUGUCCCCCACCAUGAUAUUGCUGGAAUAUUGCUAAAAGCGGCGUAAAACCGUACUCACUCACUCACUCACAAAUGUGAUACAUUUAGGAGCUGAGCCCACACAAAGGCCUCAAGUAACACAAGGCCUAACAUGUCACGAUGGAAUUCCCUUCUCCACACAUCAGCUGUACAAUCAUUUGAUAGCUUUGAAACUGCAUUACAGUGGUUCGAGAUGGGAGCUAACUCUGUUUGCCUAAUCGAAAGUUCCAGGUGGGCCCAUAUUCGAAACUAAAUAUCAUCAUAUAUUUUAGAAAAUGGUUAUCAGCACUAAACCAAUCUAAGAAGAUGUACGGAUGGAAAGAUAAAUAUAUAAUGCAUUCAAACAUUUAAUUAAGAAUACGUUUUACCUUAGGGAUAAGCUGGGCAUUUAAUAGCUGGACCAACAACAACGUACAGCGUGACCGACGCCAUUUCUCGCAAAUACGAAAACAACGGAGAUAGCUCCAGUUUCAAAUUAGAGUGACCUCCCUUUCCCAAUAUGAACCACUGACAAUGCGGUUUCACCCACAUAUCUUGCAAAGAAAACAAUUUAUUCCAGUAAACUUUGUACUUUUUGUUACACAAACCCUCCAACCAAGCAGCUAAUGACAUGGCUGCUUGAUGGCUACCUCUAAUAUGGCGAAUACAAAAAAUUUGACCAUGUGUUGUAUUUCAUUACAGAACCCUGCCACGCCCCUUAAACAUUCCAUGGAAACAUACAUUUGAAACUCAUGACAUACUAUGUUUUGCAUUAAUAUUUAUGUAUAUUUCGAUACAUAUUUCAUUGUUGAACAUGUGUAUAUGUGCCUUAAUAAAUAUCUAUCAAGUU